AUUAUGUUAUCAUAUUUUUGUUUGUCGGAGGACGACCCCCAUAAAUCUGCUCUUAAUUUCAAAUAAUUUCGUAGUGCAUUCUCUGUCUACACUCCGACACCUUAUUCUCCACGUUUUGCCAGCGGCCAGCUCACGUUUCGUGUCCAACAGACUUAAAAUGCGUUACGUGGCUGCAUACCUGUUAGCUUCCUUGAGUGGAAAAGAACCAUCCAGUGAUGAAAUCGAAAAGAUCCUAAGUUCUGUCGGUAUUGAAUCUGAUUCUUCAAAAGUUAGUCUCGUUAUCAAAGAACUGAAAGGCAAAAAUGUUGAUGAAGUUAUUGAAAGUGGCCGGUCUAAAUUGGCCAGUGUGCCAACUGGUGCCGCUGUAGCAGCGUCCGCUGGAGCUGGAGCAGCAGCACCAGCAGCAGCUGAAGAAAAAGCUCCCAAGAAAGAGGAAAAGAAAGAAGAAUCCGAUAAUGAAUCUGAUGAUGAUAUGGGCUUCGGACUAUUCAACUAAGAUUAUUUUAUUAUCCUGGUUAUUUUUUGUACUUCAGAAAAUGAUGGUUAAAUAAAUCAAUUAUUGUAAUUGUA